AGUGUCCCGGAGCGGGUCACUGACAUCUUCUUUUACUCCAGAGGAGAGAAAAACAAACAGAGAGAGAGAGGGAGAGAGAGAGAGAGAGAGAGAGAGAGAGAGGUGCAAGCACCUGCAACAGAAGUACCUUUGCUCUCCAUAACGCGCGCGUCAAGUUUAUCCACUAAAAUAAACAAGUCACUGACGGGCCCCGCGGCUCCCGGAGGGUGCGGGUUAUCGCGAGAUGAGCAGUCCCGAUGCGGGCUACGCCAGUGACGAUCCGAGCCAGGCCCGCGGGAGCAGCUCAGCACUGAUGGCCGGCGCGGGUCAGUGCGCGUGGCCGGAGCCGCUCAGCCCGCGCGCACACGCCAAAGCCAAGAGUGAAGUUUGUGCGGCGGCGCGCGGGAAAGGCGAAGCGCGCAUCCGCCGGCCGAUGAACGCGUUCAUGGUGUGGGCCAAAGACGAGCGCAAGAGACUGGCACAGCAAAACCCUGACCUGCACAACGCCGAGCUCAGCAAAAUGCUCGGUAAGUCAUGGAAAGCCCUGUCCAUGUUGGAUAAGCGACCAUUUGUGGAGGAGGCAGAACGACUGCGUGUGCAGCACAUGCAGGAUCAUCCAAACUACAAGUACCGGCCUCGUCGCCGCAAACAGGUGAAGAGAAUCAAGCGCCUGGACUCUGGCUUCCUAAUGCCUGGGGCAAGUGAACCCCAGGGUGCUCUGAAUAUGGAGAACAUCGAGGUGGGCUACUCCCUCCCCCCUGGGGGUUUGCCUCAGGCUGGUCUGUCUCAGUACUGCGAUGCCCAGGGCUUGUUUGAACACUACAGCCUUCCCACUCCUGACUCCUCCCCAAUGGAUGCGAUGGGGACAGACAGUGUGUUCUUCACUGGCCAUUCUCAGGAGGACAGCUCUCACAUGGCUUACAGCUACCAUCACCAACAAGAGUACGCACCUCUAGGGCCCCAGCACCCACUCAUUAGUUCCCAGGCUCAAGGCAGAGUACGAAAUGACACACACUCGCAUGCCACGACACACGCACAGGUUCACACACAUGCCACCUCCAGCUUACAUUUAGUACAUGCUCACAGCACCACACAAGUCAAUCCGAUGAGCAGCUCACACCCUCAGGAACUCGCGAAUGCAAAUGGCAGCACACAUCACAAUAUCAGCCACAAUAUCAAUCCUCAUCAUGCACAUCCAAUAUCUCAGGCCCUUUUUAACAGGAGCCUGUCACCUGGCGCUAGUCAGGCCCCGCCCCCUGCAUACCUGGGCUGUCCGUCUACUCUAGGUGUUUUUUAUAACCCUGCUUCUCAGGUAAAACGCCCGCUUGAUCAGCAAUCACCUCCACAAGAAGGGCAUACACAUUCACACACUCUGUCUGAGCAACACUCCCAUACACAUACAGAGACGUGCCGGCAUGCGCCUGAGAUGCUAAGUGAAAUGGCUUGUGGUGAAUUUGAGCAGUACCUUUCCUAUGGGCUUCCUCAUGCACCCAUGCAGGGGUCUGACCUCAUCUCCACUGUACUGUCUGAUGCGAGCACUGCUGUGUACUACUCUAACUAUAACAACACCUGAAGCUCACAGCAAACACCCCUGAGCCAACAAUAAAUGACUUCUGAAUGACUUAACACUGUCUGAACACACUGGUGCCACAUAUGGCAGCGACACACACACACACACACACACACACACACACACACACACACACACAUAUAUUUGUAUAUAUAUUUGUAGAACGUAAUGAAGGGGGUAAUGAACUUAUUAUGAAAAUGUUUAGAAUCAUAUGACUUGUAUAUGUAAAUUCACUGAAACAUGCUUAAUUAAAUAUGUCUGAAUGUUUUUAAAGGAGAAAGUAAUGCUGAAAAACACUGUACAUAAGUCCUUUUAUAAAAUGAAUUGUCGUUAAUGUAUUAAAAUGUAAUUUCAUACUUUUUUUGCACUUUUGGGAAAUAAACA